GGCGUAUAAUGACUUGUAAACAUGCAAGUCUUGUUCAUAUUGAUGGUGUUUUGUAUUGCUAGGACAUAGGUUUGGAGUACCUCAGAUUUAUGGGCUCUGUCAGCUCUGCUUUGGCCCUCUGCUCUGGAAGCUCUGCUUUGGUUAGCUCUGGCUCUGGCAGCUCUGCUCUGGAAGCUCUGCUCUGGCAACUCUGCUCUGGAAGCUCUGCUCUGGCAACUCUGCUCUGGAAGCUCUGCUCUGGCAACUCUGCUCUGGCAGCUCUGCUCUGGUUAGCUCUGGCUCUGGCAUCUUUGCUCUGGCUAGCUCUGGCUCUGGCAUCUCUGCUUUGGCAGCUCUGCUCUGGCAACUUGGCUCUGGCCUUCUGCUCUGGAAGCUCUGCUCAAGAAGCUCUGCUCUGGAAGCUUUGCUCUGCCAACUCUGCUCUGGUGUGUAGGAAGAAUCACGACAGAUCAGAAAAUGGAGGUAUCAAAAUAGAGAAGUCGUCGGUGGGGUGGGGGUCGACGGCACGGUGGAGGAACUCCAGGGCUCAGCGGUGACUCGGCGGCGGACGAACCGCAAGCUCAGCGGCGACUAUUUCGCCGGAGUCUAGUAGAAGGAACGACAACGGGUUAUAGGAAAAAGAAAUCUUAGGGCUCUUGUAUUAAUUGCUUCGAAUGGAGAAUUCUCAUGGGUUUAAGAAGUGGAAACAGAAUUGAACUAAUUAAGGAAUGGAAAAGGGAGUCAGAGAUGAGGCGGAGCAACGCCGCCCUUAGGACGGCGGCGACGCCUGAAUUUAGAGGGAGAGAAAGGCGGACAGUUUAAGGGGGGAAUUAGGGCUCGAUUUGAGUGUGCAAUCGACUUUAGAGAGAGAAAAUGAUUGAGAGAAGACAGAGACAGUGAAGGGGGAGACGACGCCGACCGGAUUCAGGGACGGCGGCGAUGGGGUGAGGAAGAGGGAGGCGUGACUUUUGUUUUAAAAGUGAGAAUGAAAAUAUAUAUAUUGGAUUCUCAAAUGCCACGUUGGAGAUUGAGAUUGAAAAGAAAGAAUUUGAGGCUUGCCACGUAGGCUAAGGCCUAAUCGUAUUAUAAAAUAGAUAUUAUUAUUAUUAUUAUUAUUAUUAUUAUUAUUAUUAUUAUUAUUAUUAUUAUUAUUAUUAUUAUUAUUAUUAUUGUAGUAAUGGACGAACAGAAACAAAUAAAGUUUGCAGAAAUGAAAAAUAUAUUUUUCUUCCCUAUAUAAAUAAAAUGUAUGGAUUUAUUUUAUAAAAAAUAAAAAUAAAAUUUUAAUUAUUUUGAUAGACAUAAAAUAAGAUUUUGUUUUAAAGUAAUUAGUUUAUAGAAUUUGUGCCUUAUUAUGCAAACAUGUAAAUCAAUGACCGGACCCGU